AUGGAUGCGCAUUUAACGCACUACGCUCAAAGUAAAUAUGAUGGGCUUUUUGUAAAAAACAAACACUGGUAUUAUAAAAUCCAUUUAGCAAAUACGAGGUAUGAAAUUAUCAAAAGAGUGGUUGAGGAAUCUGAAAAAUGGAUUGAAGCUAAUCCGGAUUCUACUGACUGGGAUGUCAUAUGGCUAGACACAUCUAUCUCCGACGAUAGGUUCAGAAAGUUGAAGAAGUUUCAAAAAAUUAACCAUUUCAUUGGAAUGAAAGGAAUAACUAGGAAAGAUGAGUUAUGUAAAAAUUUAAAAAAAAUGAAAAAAAAAUUCCCGCAAUGUUACAAUUUUUUCCCCCUUACGUGGAUCCUACCCAACGAAAUAUCUGACUUUAAAAAUUAUUUUAAAAAGGAAAGUGGGUCCAAGACAUACAUAGUUAAGUUAAAAAAUUCAUGUCAAGGGAAAGGCAUAUAUUUAACAAAAAGUUUGGACAAUAUAAACAAAUACGACAGCUGCGUUAUUCAGAAGUACAUACACAAGCCGCUACUAAUAAAUGGAUUAAAGUUUGACAUUCGGCUGUACGUUUUAGUGACAGGUUGUGAUCCGCUGAGGAUAUUUUUGCACGAAGAUGGCUUAGUACGAUUUUCAAUAGAAAAAUAUAAGUUACCGAAAUCGAAGAAUCUCAAACAGGUGAACAUGCACCUAACAAAUUUUUCUAUUAACAAAAAGUCAGAUAAAUUUGAAAAUUCGCUAGAUCCUGAUGAUGCAACCACGGGACAUAAAAGAAGUUGGAAAGCAUUCUUACAGAAAUUGAAAGAAGAAGGGUUACCCAUGGAUUCAGUGAUGAAACGAAUUGAACAUAUGAUUGUUAAAACGAUUUGUUCAAUACAACCUGAGUUGAAGCAUUAUUAUAAUUCAGCUCAUAUUAGUGAUUAUUCCAAUAGUAUGUGUUUUGAAGUCCUAGGGUUUGAUAUUUUACUAGAUUAUAAAUUAAAGCCUUGGCUCCUUGAGGUGAAUCACUCCCCUUCAUUCGCCACAAGCUCCCUCGUAGAUGAGAAGGUAAAAUAUGCAGUCAUCAGAGACACGUUGAACAUGCUGUACAUGCACUCCAAGUAUAGACAUAUUCACAUUCAAGAGUAUCUAAAUUUGCAAAAGUUUAGAAAAAAAUAUAGUGACGUUUUAGUAAAGCACAAAAAAGAGUUGAAGGAA